UUAUUAUUGGAAUUUGUUGGAUACCUCUGGGAAAUGGUAUCCAACCAGCUGCACAAAUAUAAGCCCUGGGACACCUGGCUUGCCAGUAGUAGAUGUGAAAAGGAUUUAGGCGUCUUAGUAGACCACAAGCUGAACAUGAAUCAACAGUGUGAUGCAGCAGGAAGAAAAGUGAAUUCUAUUCUAGGCUGCAUCACCAGAAGUCUUGUGUCCUGAUGAAGGGAAGUCAUAAUCCUGCUCUGUUCUGCAGGUCAGAUCACACCUGGAGUCCUGUGUCCAGUUCUGGACGCCACAAUUUAAGAAGCAAAAAUGGUUGUUAAAGGCCACUGAGCCAACGCGGGAAAGAUUGCAGGGCUCUGCAACAAAAUGUCGGGCGUCAUCACAGCCUUCUUUCACCUUCUUGCCCUCUGGGGAACGAUCCGGUCACUCAACAACACACAGGGUCUUCUGGACUGCGUACCAAGAAAAACGGUGGUGUACCACUCUGAGAAUUUUAACGUUUUUUGGAAACAAGGACUGUCCCAUUUUUCCACCCUCUUCCUGAGCGAAGAAACCAACAUUUUGUAUGUGGGAGCCAAAGGCUAUAUCCUUGCUUUGGACUUGAGUGAUAUCUCUAAAGAAAUAACCAGGGAGGCCUGGUUUGCCCCAGAGAACAGGAAGCUUGAGUGCCUUCGACGAGGAAAGAGUAAAGCAGAUUGCCAGAAUUACAUCCUCAUUCUGCAUAAGAUAAAUGCCACCAGCUUAUAUGUUUGCGGAACCAAUGCGUUUAAUCCUGCUUGUCGUUACAUGGUCAUGGACAAUAGGAAGCUAAAGCUGCUGUCCAAGGUGGUAGAAAGCAGGGGAAGAUGCCCCUUUGAGCCGAGGACACGAUACACGUCUCUGGUGGUUGACGGUGCACUUUAUUCCGCCACUUCAAACAACUUCUUGGGUUCGGAGCCAAUUAUACUACGGAGUCUGAGGAAUCCUUUAAGGACAGAAUUUAAAGCAUCAUGGCUUAACGAGCCCACCUUCGUUCACAUGGAUCUCGUGCAGGAGAAUGGGGCAGGCUCCGACUCGGACAGAGUUUAUGUCUUCUUCACAGAAGCGGCGGUUGAGUUUGACUUCUACGACAAACUUCUGGUCUCGCGAGUAGCCCAGAUCUGCACAGCUGAUCUCGGUGGGAGGCGCACCCUGAAGAAAAAGUGGACCUCCUUUCUAAAGGCCACCCUUGUCUGCUCAGCUCCUGAAUCAGAUUUUCAGUUCAAUGUCCUCCACGCCAUCUUCAUGAUCAAAACAACCAACUGGCGGGAAAGCAUCUUUUAUGGGAUUUUCACCCAGCAGUGGGGGAGAUUGGACAUCUCGGCCAUUUGUGCAUUCAGGAUGGAAGCUGUUCAAGACCUCUUCCAGAAAGGAAACUUCAAAGGCCCCCUUGCCGUUGAGAAUUCACAUGCAAAAUGGGUGGUGCACAGGGGAGAGGUCCCCACGCCUCGGCCGGGCGCUUGCCUCAACAUUUCUGCCAGGCACCAGGAGGGAUACAGCUCUUCCCUUGACUUGCCGGACAGAGUCCUCCAGUUUGCCAGGGACCAUCCCCUGAUGGAUGGCACCGUGAACCCCAUCGGCCACCAGCCGGUGUUGGUCAAAAGAGGCGUGCGAUACACACAUCUUGUGGUAGACCAAACUAGUGGCAUGGAUAAUGCAACGUACGACAUCCUUUUCCUAGGGACAGAUAAGGGCUAUUUGCAUAAAGCUGUCAACCUCCAGGGGGAGAUUUUCAUUGUGGAAGAGUUACAGCUGUUUCCAUCUCCAGAGCCUGUGCAGACACUCAAGCUGGCUGCACAAAAGGGCCUGCUGUAUGCUGGGUCUGCCUCCCGGCUGGUGCAGCUCCCCGUGGCCACCUGCAGCCGGUACAAGUUCUGCCUCGACUGCGUCUUAGCCAGGGAUCCUUACUGUGCCUGGUCACGGCCUCUUGGCGCCUGCAUCCCCAUGGCGAACCGGUCUGGGGGUUUGCGGGAUCUGAUUCAGAGUGUCAGGAAUGGUGAUGCCUCCAGGUGCCCUGAAGUGGCUAAGAACGUCAGGAGGCUCCCUGUCCCCCUGGGUAGCAGCCCACAUCUCAGCUGCAGCUCUCUGUCCAGCCUGGCCACGUCUGUCUGGACAUUCAAUGGCAGCAGCCUGCAGGACGAAGAGCCCAAGUAUCUCUUCCACGCCAGGGGACUGGUCGUGUUUAACAUGACGGCUUCUGACACCGGGCUUUACGAGUGCCAGUCUGUUGAGACAUCCAACGGAAGAGAAUUCCGCAUCUCCAUGUCCACCUAUUUCCUUUACCUCCAGCAAGAGAGCAGCUUCGCUGUGGCUCCCGAGGGCGAGCCUUCAAAUCGGAAGUGUGCCGUCUCUGCAGCUCCAAAGUUGCAGCCCUUGGCGUCUCUCCAGACGGAGGACCCGGCAAGGCUGGAGCAACCCCAGAGAGUCCAAGGGCUCUCGUUCACAUUGGUGCUUUGGGGGGCAGCCUUUGCCCUGCUUUUCCUUUCCUUGCUCUCCUGGAACCUUUACCAGGGCCACCUCUCUCUCCCCUGGAAAAGUGUGUGGAGCAGGAGGUCAGAAACAGUGGAUGCCGUUGGGGCAGCGAGUCCCGAGCCAGAACAAACAGUCUUGAUUCAGGGAAGCUUGGCCUCCUGUCCCAUCUCAGGCUCGGCCAGCGAAUCAGCCCUGCUGGCAAGCUCAGCCCAAGAGGCAUGCAGCACAAAGGCAAAGCAGACCACCAGCCUCGCCGCAGGCAGGUCAGCCUGCUGUUCUUCAAACUGCCUGGUCAGCAAAGUCCAGCUCACUGACGAAGAAGGCCUUGCAGCAUGACGGCCUUGGCAGAGGGUCCGCACCAUGGAAAUCCCACAAACUGUCCCAUUGUGUGCCCAGGACCCCCAUUUUCAGAGGGUCUGGAAAAUAAAUAAAAAAGUAAAGUUUA